CGCUAUGUUCCCGGUUCGCCGAUAUUUCGUGAUGAUUGCAAAACCCCGCCGAUAACACCCGCCCCACCUUCAACGCCCAAGAGUCGAGAUAAAGGCGUUGCCGCUAACAACUUCCAAGCCAUGACCGUUUCGGUUACGCAAACAACGCAAGGUGGUUCCACCAUUACCUCCAUCACCAAACCGUGCACCGCUUCCAGCUGUUACGCUUCCACUCGCUCGGCUGCCAUGAUGGCACUCGCUUUGGGCCAUCGGCCGAGAAGUGCUGCAACGUCAGCAGCAGCAGCAGCAACAACAACAACGGCUGCUACAACUACUGGAAACACCAACAACACCAACAAUAGCAACAACAAGAGCAUCAACGCAAACUCUAACACCAACUCCGAUUUUAGCCCACCACCACCAGUCGGUGUCACAAACAAAUCACCGAAUUCGGUGCAACGCAAUGCCGGCAACAAUACGGACAAUACGCGUUACACCACCGUUGCAGCUGUGCAUAUGAAUGGUGGCACUGGCGUUGGUGCUGGUUUUGGCAGUGGUGGCAGUGCUUCUAGCAGCUCGGACAAUGACGGCUUCAACACCUCGUCAUCUUCAUCGGCCACUGCGUUGCGUCGCUUUUAUUUCAAGAGUGGCCGUAAAUCAAAAAUGAACUCCACGGCUACCACUUCGAUGACCAGUAUACCGUUGAACGCCGUUUCUACGGCAGCUGCUGCAUUUCACACGUCGAUAAGUGGCGGACUGCCACCAACAUCGGCUGCCGGCACUGCUGCAGUACCAAAGGUUGUCAUAAUGGGUUCCUCAUCAGCUUCCAUAACCGAUGCCAACAUCAAUACAUCAACGGAUUCAGCGUCGACGCUAGUGACAAGCAUAACACAUACAGACACAUCAGAAGCAUGCGAUUCACUGGAUUUGGGCGAUAAUUCGGGCCAGAGCGAACCGUUGUUCAGUUCGCUGGAAGAACCGUUGCUGACCGCCAUACAAAUCGACUCCGAGCAUGAAAAUGGCACCGAACUGGAAUUAACGAGUUGCAACAUGUACAAUCGACCGGAUAUGAGUGUGCAGGAUAGCACUGAGAGUCAGGAGUCAUCGCUGUCCAUUCUCACAAUUGAGCCAUCUUCAACCACACCGCUCCUUGCCUCGCAUCGUCGUCAACAGAGCAACAAAUGCGGCAUGUCUGCUCCACCCGCCGCCAAACUAACAACCUCCAACAACGCAGAACGACUGCCGAGUACAGCACCAGCGCCUAGCAGUGGCACCAAACAUUUUACUUUCGAUCCGCCAACAUCACCGAAGUCGGCGCGCACAACCGAAAAGUCACGCACACAUUUUAACUUCAAGGAACAGCAGCAGCAGCCGCAGCUGCCACGCCGCGGCAGCAAUUGGGAAGACCAACGCAUGCACACAACCAAUUUCAUUGAGGAACGCAGUCCCACCGCCACGCGGCGGGAUAACUCACCGAGCCGCAGCAAAUAUCGAGCUUAUGCUGCACAACGGCAUGCAGCCGCAGCCGCUGCGGCACAAGCUUACUAUGAGCAGCACCACCUUGCCGACGACGAGGAAUCUCUGGAAGGCACGCGCAGCAAAAAAUCACGUUCGCGUGAAGCCAGCAGCAACACGCGCCAACGCUACCCACCUGGCAGCAAUGGCGCUGCGACGACCAGUCCAAAGCGCGAGCAGCGUCGCUCGCCCUCCAGUUCAGCGCCACCCACCAUGAAGGAGGCGCACUUCUUUGCCAGCGGUGUGAUCAAAACCGCCAAGCAGCUGUCGCCUGCCUCGCAGCAGCGCAAGUAUUCCUCCAGCUCUUCGUCGGGUGGCAGUGAGCGCGGACGUGACCGCACCAAAGAUUCAACCAUGUUCCCGUUUGAUCGUGAGGCCAUCGACUACGAUCGCAUACAACGCGAAUGCUUCGCUGUCGAUGAAAACUCAAGCUCAGCAACUACGACUAGCGACUCAGACGAUGCAGAGCCCUGUUCGGUAUAUGAGCGCAAGAUGUCCGUACACCACAUUUCGCCCAGUAAAACAGGCGAAGCAUUUCAGCAAUACAAGCUGCUGGCACAGCACGAACAGGUGCAGCAGCCACUGGAGGCGCUGGUGGGUGGACCACCGUCACGCAAGAAUUCGAAGCGCAUCCGGCCCAGUUCCGUUAUCCAUGCGACAAUACGCGAAAUUCAGCCGUUUGUGCCGCAGACGGACGCAUUCUAUCCGCAGAAGGUCAAACAACAAUCGCCCAGCGAGUAUGCGGCGAUCGGUGUAGGCGGCAGCGGCGGUGGGCUCGGCAGUAGACAGCAUUCACCCAAAUCCAUUGGUGAGUUGAAUAAGUUCGAGGAGUUCGCCUCGAAAUUUGAGCAGAUUCCACCUAAACUACAGCCACAUGCCAAGACGACGGGUGGCAGUCCAUCCGGCAGCAACAAUAAUGCAGCGUUGAUUGGCAGCGCGCUGCAGGCGGCGGCGGUGUUGGCGACAAAUGGUAGUGGCAACAACAACUGUGGCAUGACAGUGGGCCCCGUGGCGCCAACUACGAGCCCAACCGGGUCACUGCGCGGCAUGAUAUCGCCGCCGAUGCCAAAUCUACGUGUGGACUUUUUUGCCGAGUCACAAAUGAUGCAUCCGCGGAAGCGAUCGUCCAAAAAAAAAUCGUCAACAGUCAAAGCUGGCCUUACCGACAUAACGCAUGACAUUUUGGAUGACAGCCAAAGGGGAGCUGGUGGUGGCGGCGUAAGCAUGAUGCUGCUAGCUGGAGCAGGCGGCGCUGGCGGUGGCGGUGGUGCUGGGCCCAUCAACGUCACUUCGAACCCAAUGGAUGUGGCGGUGUGUGCGCCACCGCGUGCCACCAUUGUCGUGCAACAA